AUGCAGAGGUCGGAGCCGAAUUUCGGCGUUGCCGCUUCCAACUCUGCCAAAGGUCACAUCCGCUACCUCUGUCUCGACCAUCACAUCGUUGCUGGUCACCAUCAUCGCCGUUUCCAUACAAUGAGUCAAUACGUCAACGUGCCCAAGUCCGAGCUCGACCAGUCGCAGAUCCGCGAGCUGGAGCAGUACGAGAUCUCACAAGGACCCCUCUCCGUUCUUCAGCAGUCGGUGCGCAACCACACGCAGAUCCUCAUUGCCCUUCGCAACAACAAGAAGCUGCUCGCGCGCGUAAAGGCGUUCGACCGCCACUCGAACAUGGUGCUCGAAAACGUAAAGGAGAUGUGGACCGAAGUGCCCAAGGGCAAGGGCAAGAAGCCCGUCAACAAGGACCGCUUCAUCUCCAAGAUGUUCCUCCGCGGCGACUCGGUCGUCCUUGUCCUCAGGAACACCGCAUGA